AUGCUUCACGAAAUCCUCCUCUCCCUCUCCGGCCAGCCGUCCCCCCUCUUCAGCCCACAAGGUGAGGACGCUCUCGCGCAAGAUGACCUCGCCCUUCUCUCCCCUCCGGAAAAAGCACUGCUCGGAUCAGUCGCCCAUCUAAGCCAACUUCACGCACAAUUACGAUCCCACACCUCCCAGAUAUCCUCCGCCCAUGGUUCCGUGAUUUGCCGCUCUGUCUCUACGACAAUAGCGACGGCGCACUUGGGUGAAUUCCAGAAGAAGAUCCUUGAAGUGGAAAAAGCAAUCCUAGCCGAAGAUAGCGGAUAUGUGGGCGGCUAUGGUAUUGUCCCAUUAUCGACACUCGUCGGAGAAUUCGCCCCUUGGACGCGACGCAUGGAGUGGCUAUGGGAAAUUGUCAGGUUCAUUAUGCCAGAUAGAUCAUCCGCGGUGCGCUCCUAUGGAUGUUCUGGGGCAGGACUAAUCGACCACCUGCAGGCUGAAACUCAAACUGGGUAUCUAGACAUCAAGGAGAUGGCCGUACAACUGGUUACGGCAGCUGAAACGGCAUGGAUGAAACAACUGUCAAUGUGGCUGCUGUACGGAAAUCUGCCCAUGUAUGGGAAGGAGGACUUCUUUGUUCAACAAGACGAUGCCGAGAAUUUCGACAGCCAAUUCAGUAUACAGGAUGGCCUACGGCCAAAGUUCGUCUCUGUACAAACGGCGGGGUCUAUCCUUUUCAUCGGCAAGUCCCUAAAUCACAUCCGCGCAAAGAGAAAGACAUCCUCAGGCAUUUCGACGGCGCCAGUGACGCUGUAUCAGGAGCAUAUUGAGCAAUUGGCAGGCCUUAAAUCCCCCAUCUCAGCCUCUAAGCUCUCUACUGCGGUAGACUGGAUUCGACUUUCCCUGUCCCAAUCUACACUUUCUAAGCUCCUUCCACUUCCCAAGAUCCUCGAGAUGCUCGAAUUACUCCACAACUUCUUGCUGCUAGGACGAGGUGAGUUUGCUGUAGCGCUGGUCGCACAUGCAGAUUCGCGCAUGGAAGAAAGCCGGCGAAGAGGCGCUCGCGGACAAGCAGCUGGGGCUCUCGAGAGUUACCUCGUCAAAGAGGGAGACGUAAUGACUGCACUGGCCCAGACAUGGGCGGAGCUUUUUACCCUACAAAAAGAGGAGGACCCGGCCGACGAGGAACUCGAGUUGGCUCGGGAACUCUUGCGAUUGUCGACCACCGAGCACAAAAAUGGUCGUUCAGCGACCCCAUCGCAAGGAAUUGGUAUGGUGCCUGAGAUAUCUACAAUAUCUUUCGAAGAUCUGCUGUUCCCCACACCCACCAGCCUGACAGCUCAAGUCCGAGCUCCACUGGAUCUGUUCCUGUCCAGUUCGGACAUCACCAUCUACUCCAAGAUCCAUUCAUACCUAUUAGCUAUUCGACGAGCCCAGAUCCGCCUUGGGGAUCUAUGGAAACGAACGUCUUUGCGGAGAAACCACCCUUCGCCCUGGGGGCCGCCGCGGAGUAAUAGUGUGUUUGGUCAAAAUAAGCUUAGAGAGAGCCGGGUGAGGGAUAACGCUCGGAUCCGCCAUAUGCGACCGAUCUGGGCAACCAGCAGUGCUUGUCUCUUUGUUCUCUCGGAGAUCGGCAGCUUCUUCCAAGGUGAAGUUGUACAUGAGUCCUGGCAGCAUCUACGUGAGUGGAUUCAAGGAGGCCCCGAAUCCACAUCGGUCUCUGGGUCUCGACCAGGGACCGCUUCUUCAGCAAAGCCCUCACGGCACUCCCGAGAUACUACACCGGACCAACCUUCAAGCCGGCCGGCGUCACAGUCGGGUCCGACAAUGGUGCGGCAUGAUCCCGAAGCUUUAACUGUCGCCCACCGUCGCCACCUCUCCAGUGUUGUAAGAUCUUUGUUCCUGACGGAGUUGCCUUUCACAUCCGCACUGCGGGCGCUCCUGACGGAUGUAGAUCGUUUUGUUGCGCUGACCAUUCGCCUCGAGACCAUUCAACGUAACAUGGAUCUUGAAACGGAUGAAGGUGUAGUAGACGCUCUAGUCGACUAUGCACAAGAAGAGCAAGAAGUUUGGCAGGAACUACGGGCCACAAGAGAUAAUGUACAGAGUGGUAUGAGGGAUCUCGUCACGAGCCUUCGUGAGAUUGACGAUAGUCGAUCGGGAGGAGAGAGCAUCGGGACUGCCCCAAUGGGACAAUCGGGCAACGGGCCGAGCACAGGCCCAAGCUUCCGCCACUAUGUGCCACGCCAACCAGCGGGCGUAGACCGACUACUCAUGAAGCUGGACUUCGGCAGUCUGCGCGGCGCGGCGACCACGGGCUUGCCUUGGGAAUAG